CUCUCCUACUUCGUCCAACCUGCCCAAGACGCGGGAAACUACACACACCCGAAACCAACGCCGCCACGAGCUUCCACUUGCAGAGACUUUGGGUUACUUGGCGCUAGUAUCUCGCCCGUCCUUCUUCAGACAUUGUACUUUUCCAUCCUAGGUACUCUCAUUGUCUUAUACGGGCAUUCCAAGUAUACAGCAUACCUUAAUUGUCACCGAGCCCUCCAUCCCACCUUUUGAGUCAUCUAUCCAGUCAUCUGGCCCCGCGAUUCCAACACCAACUUCCACCCGAUCGAUCUUCGACAUUCCAUCCUUGAUCAACCCUCGUCUUUCAUUCCUCGCUCGAACGUCGCCGGUUGUCGCAAUGGCCGACCAGAGCAGAUACAGAUAUCCAUCGGCGGCGCCCCCAGUUGGGAGACGGUCCCCUCCCAUGUACAAUCCCGCACGCCUCUCCAUGCCCAUAACUGGUGCUGGAACCUAUCAGUCGCUAUACGGGGGCGAGAUCCCAGUUCUCCCUACAACCCAUGAGGCACUCCCUCUCCGAUCGCCUGUUUCGUCUACUACCACCGACUAUCGUCCAACCACCAUUCCCAUCGACUCUGGUAGCUAUGCCGUCAGAAAGGAGCCCAUCCCACGGAGCAUGAGCGUGAAGGACCACGGCACCAGAAGCCACCGAUCUGCCACUCUCGACGCAGCCUCGAAGCGCCCCGUUAUCAACCAUGCGCCCCAAUCACCAGUUCCCAGUAGCAUACGAUCAGGGAGCCCAUCACGCCCUGUCUACCGGACCAGCGAUGAGUUUUACACACAACCUGCUUCCUCCUUGAACCGGUCACGAAGCGUUGCACGCGCCCCAUUCAGCGCCAAUAUGGAUGAUGCCGAAUACCAACGUCUACGAGAACGAACCGACCGAGAAAGAACGGAACAUGAAAGAUUAUAUAGCCCCAGGGCUGCCGACCUGUACCGUGCGUCACGUCCGACAGUGCUCUAUUCCAACACCCCCCGAGGCGCUCCUGGGUACGACGAAGAAGCAUUUGUUGAGUACACAAAGCCAGGUGAAUUGGCUCGCUAUGAUCUCGAUCAUCCUCAUAGGCGCCGGCGCGAAAGCAUGGAUCACUACUAUCGACCGGCGGUCAGUGUCUCAUCCGAUGUAGGACGCCCAUAUGACACCAUUGACCGGCGGCUUUACGACCCAACACCAAACGCUUUCGGCUAUGACAAACCCGGCCGAGAUGCAAUUUCCGGACUGCAUGACCAUAACAGCGUUCGUAUUCCCGCACCUUCGGAAGUUCUUUCUGAUACGGCGGUGCGCCGACCUCCUGCGCUUCUUGACUCUCCGCUACUGCCAGGGUCUUCGGCGACUACAGAGCGCAAAUCGCGCCGCGCUGCCUCUCGUCCACGCCCGGUUUCCCUCAUUCAGGAAAUCCCAAGCCGAUCAGUCCAUCCUGAUGAGUAUCAUCGAGUUCGGGAGGACGGCUACUAUAAGGAUGACGAUAUCUCGCAGCGCGGAUUCGGCAUCCGACCUGCUGCGAAGGACCAUGAAGAGCGACGAAGGUCACCCCGUGAAAAGCGGUAUCACGACGAACGACGAGACCCACGUGAGCCCAGAAGGAGGUCUGACGAGGACCUGGAGCUUGUCAGGCAUAGGAACCACGACGACCGUGACCGACGAGACUAUCAUAAGCUACCUUCGACUCGAGAAUAUCUUCCCAUUGACGACCGGGAAAUCAGGCGCGACAAGCAUGUCCCCAUUAGCGACAUUCCAGCUGCAUCCGCAAUGACAGUGGCAUCAGCUAUCAACGGCAGGGACGGUAGAGGUGAUAGGGAUAUCGAGUCUCCGAGACGACGCUAUGAGGAAGACUAUGAGCGCCGAGAUCCUAACCUGCACCCCAGGACCAACCGUCAUGCUGAGCAUUAUGAGCAAAGGAGGCUUGAUGACCUUGAGCCCCGCCGGCUCGCCCCCCAGGAGGACGAUUAUGAUCGUCGGAGGAGUGAUGUUCCUGAAACCUACACCCGGGUGGGCCGUAACGAUGACGACUAUGACCGCAGGAGGCCUGAUGAACACGAAUCUCGCCCACGAAAUGGCCACGGGGAUAAGGACUAUCAUCGCAGGAGAGACGAUGAGAUUGAGGCCCACAAGCGAACCGAUUAUAGAGACGAUGACUAUGACCGUAGAAGAGUGGAUGAUUUUGAACAUCAUACACGGGAUGGCCACAGAGAUGAUGAUCACGAGCGACGGAGAACCGAUGACCCUGAGCCUUUUCCACGAGACAGUCACAGAGAUCGAGAUUAUGAUCACAGCAGAGUCGAUCAUCGUGACACCCGCCAAGACGAUCGCGAUGAAGAACAUGACGAACGUCGAAGGGAGGUCGAUGAUUUCGAGCCUCGCACUCGGCCUAGUCGUGAAGAAGACUAUCAAGAUGACCGAAAGGUUGAUGAAUCUGAGCAGCACGUCAAAGCUGGCCGCGAUGACUUUCGGAGAAGCCAUGAAAGUUUCCAGAUGGUCGACCUACCCGGAGGGUUCCCCGACGAAAAAGAGACUGGCGCCGAAACAGAUGCAGAAAGCCGAAGCCGCCAUAGACGCGACACAGAGGCGAAACUCAACGGAGAGCCUGCCUCUUCGCCACCACAGGAACACUCGAGGGAGCACUCCAGGGAACGCGAUGACAAGGAUGAUGAGACGCACCGCCGAUCGCGUCCUUCGUCUGCUUUCGAUCCUAACGACACUGCAGGGCUGGAAGAGCUGAAGGCCGAGUUGGUAGCACAAGAAGCCAAGGAAAGUGCCAGCGAGGGUGGUCGCACGCCUAAAGAGCACUCGCCCGAACGGGAGCACUCGCCCGAACGGGAGCAUUCGCCUGAGCGGGAACAUUCGCCUGAGCGGGAGCAUUCGCCUGAGCGGAAGCUUGCGCCAGUUGAAGAUAAUUCUCAACCCAACACUGAAGCCGAUAACACAGCAAUGGCUGAGAAUGAAGUGGACGAAAGUAGGGGACGUGAACUGGUUCCUCACGGGCAGAAGCAAGUUCGCGUUGUGUCUCCCCCGAGAGAGAAAGAAGAGAAGAAGCCUAUCAAAGGCAUUCUUAAACAGCCAAAGGCACAGUUUCCAGAGCAUCCUCCCCCUGCCCGGGAGGAAGUUCCGCCUCACAAGGACGACAAGACCAAACAAAACGUACCUCAGGGUGCUAAAUGGACGAAGAUCAACAGGAAGCUGGUCAAUCCUGAGGCCCUGACUCUAGGCAAGGAGCGUUUUGAGGUCCGGGAUGAUUUUGUCAUCGUGCUCCGGGUCUUAGAUAAGGCUGAUAUCCAAAAGUACGCCGACAUUACUGCUCAGUUGAGAGAGAAACGAAGGAAGGAGUACGAAAACGAGCAGAAUGCCAAGGCGCUGGUUCGCCAUGAGAGAAACGGGUCGUAUGAUAGAGAUGAGGAAGAAGGCAAGCGCCGCCGCCACCACCGAAAGGAUAGAGAAGACGAGUAUGACGACGGUAGGAGAGAGUACAGACGCCAUCGCGCGAUGGAUGAACAAGACGCCUUGUAUGACGCGAGGCAACCGUCGAGGUCCCACCGCAGAGAGUAAAUUCAAGAUACCCGAUUGGUGUGGCCAUAUGGAGGAUAUGGAGAAAUGAAUGUUCUUGGAGACGGUUCACGAGAUAUGAUCACUUGAGUUGAUGAUAUGAUCUUGCCUAUGUGGCCUUUUUAUGCGAAGAAAGGAAAAGUCGGCGGCUUUUUAAUCGAUACCAUGACGGUCUUGGUUCUUGGAUGCGAGGCGGAGUGACUGUGUUUUCCGCGGCAUCGGAGGAGCAUUUCAUAUUUUCGUGUUUCAUAUAGAGCGAGUAUGAGUAUGAGAAGCGACUGAAGUUUGAUAGCAUAUCUUGUCCAAAACAUAUUGUUGCCGCUUGUUCGGCUGUCCG